CUGAUAUACCAACUGGAGCAAAUCCAAGCAGGACGCGAAUUGCUCAGUCAUCAUGAUGUCGUCGUCGAGUCGCCAACGGGAUCUGGAAAAACUCUUGCUUACCUACUACCCCUGUUCACUAUACUGGAGAAGAAGGGUGCGUUUCGAAAACAUGAAUUUGGAGCAGUGAUACUGUCGCCGUCACGUGAGCUUUCAAUCCAGAUCGCUUCAGUUGCUGCCCCGUUUGCUGCGAAACUUGACUAUUCGAUAAUUGUCACAGUGGGUGGAACAAAAGUCGAACAAAAUAUGAAGAAACUGAAGAAUGGUGGAAAUAUAUUGGUAGCAACUCCCGGUCGUCUCUUCCAGUUGUUGUCAUUGGAUAAAGAUGGUAGCCUGAAACGAGCUCUGAAAACCGUGGAGAUACUCGUCAUAGAUGAAGCCGAUCGAUUCAACGAACCACAGUUCGAGAUGCACUUGAAGGAGAUUCUGCUCGCACUUCCGAAACAGCGCCGAACGGGACUUUUCUCAGCAACACAAGCAAAGGAGUUAGAAGACCUGUCGAUGUUUGGAUUACGAAAUAAGAAAGUUAUAAAAAUCAAAGAAUCCAGCAAUCUGGUCUCUCCUUCGACACUAAACAACUUUUACACCGUUUGCGAAGCAGCAGAGAAAUUAAUAUGUACUAUUGAAUUUAUUCGGAACAAACCAGACAAGAAAGUGCUUGUGUUUUUUCCAUCUUGUGGAGGAGUGAAAUAUUUCCAUUCCAUUUUGAGUCGUGUUCUCACGAAGCGGCGGUAA